GUUAUUAUUUAGCUUUGCAUAAAACCAUCUGAUCUCCCCACUGGCGCGUUCCGGGAGGGGGGUGGACCAAGGGUUACACCUGGGCAUCGCGUGUGAGUCUCUUGGUCAGCUCUCUCCACACUUUUUCGACGCAAAAUCAACCCUGGAAUCCUGGUGUGGAGUGGAUGGGAAGUAACUUGGAGUCCUGAGUAAAUACAUGGCUGGACAUUUCUGGCGCGUGAAAGGCCGAACUGGGGUUUACAUGUCCUUGAAUGCAAUAAGAACAAGCAGCCCACGCAUUUCUACAAGCCCAGCUUAAACAAGUUGCCUAUCACGUCACCUAUCUCGUUGCAAUAUCGAGUACCUCUGACUAGCUCGUGCAUGCUCGGCAGCUUGCAAGCAUGAAAAUCCUUCCCCAGACAGCUGCGGUGCUUGCUGCCCUCGCGGGCAACACUGGGUCUAACCCUCAGGAUGAUCCCGCAUCGCUCGCGGAAGCUUGCCCUGACUUCCUCGAGUACUCUCAGGUUAAACAUGGCCCGUACUCCGAAGGCCCUCUCAAGCUCUCCUUCCAACGGCCUGCUGAGCCAUGUCGAACCUUCUCAUCACCGCUCGUUGAAAAGGUCAUCGAGGAUGUGACAUCCCGCAUGGUCGACAAGGACCUUGCCCAACUCUUUCGGAAUGCAUUCCCCAAUACCGUGGAUACCACUGUCCGAUGGCAUGUGUCCGGGAAGGAGCGGCGAUCCAAAAAAUCGAAACAACAUCCGCAAGAUGAAGCCUGGCAGGGGCCGCAGUCCUUCAUUGUCACAGGCGAUAUCAAUGCGGAAUGGCUGCGCGACUCGACAAACCAACUUUCGCCGUAUCAAGCCCUCGCGAAUAAAGAUCCCAAAAUCGAGGCCCUUAUCUUGGGCGCCAUCAACACCCAGGUUGAAUUCGUCCUUCAAUCUCCCUACUGCAAUGCGUUCCAGCCGCCCCCUCCAAGUGGCCUCGCUCCCAUCCCCCCAACCCAGGAAGACACCGUUCACCCCGCCUAUGAAGAAUCCGUUGUCUUCGAAUGCAAAUACGAGCUCGAUUCCCUAGCCAAUUUCCUCGCGCUAGGAAACAAGUUCUACGCCGAAACCAAAUCCACAGACUUUGUCUCUGAUAGAUGGUACCAGGCCGUGCAUACUGUCCUUCAAGUUAUCCAGGAACAAUCCGAACCUACUUUUGACGAACAGGGCCAGUACUUCCGCAACGAAUACACAUUCACGCGCAUGACCAACGUAGGAACCGAAACCUUGAAUCUGGGCGGCAUUGGGAACCCCCUAAACAACGCCACGGGCCUUGUCCGCAGCGCCUUCCGCCCCAGUGAUGACGCCAGUACCUUCGGCUUCCUCAUCCCCGCCAACGCCCAGAUGGCGGUCGAGCUGAAGCGGACGGCGAAAACCAUCAAAGCCGCCGGCGGGCCUCACAACCUCAUCAAGAAGCUGGAGGAUAGAGCAAACAUUAUCGAGCAGGGUAUCCGCGAGCAUGGGGUUGUGUUGCACAAGAAGUUUGGGGAGGUAUACGCGUUUGAGGUUGAUGGGUAUGGCUCGCGUUUACUCAUGGACGACGCCAAUCUCCCCUCCCUCCUCGCUUUGCCUCUUCUCGGCUUCGUCGACAAGCACGAUAAAAUCUACCAGAACACGCGCAAGAUGAUAUUGUCCAAGGCAGGAAAUCCGUACUAUCUGACUGGCUCGGCGUUCCAUGGCAUCGGUGGCCCUCACAUCGGCGUUGAAAACGCAUGGCCCAUGUCCGUCCUCGUCCGCGCCCACACAUCCGACGACGACGAUGAAAUUCUCGAAUCUAUCAACAUGGUCCGCGACGCGAGUCUGCUCGGCCUCAUCCACGAGAGCGUCAACGUCAACAAUGUCGCCGAUUACACGCGUAGCUGGUUCGCGUGGGCGAACAGUGUGUUUGCCCAAACUAUUCUAGACCUUGCGGUAAGGAAACCGCAUCUUAUCUUCGAGAAGGGGGCCGCGCCGUAUAUAGUUGGGGAGUGAGAUGAAAUGGAUGGUUGGGGGGGGGGUGCAAGAUAAUUUUGCAGUUUUUACUGUUGGGAAUUUUGUAAUUAGAUAUAGUUUUAUUUAUGAUAUAACUAGUUAUAUCACCUACACUUUUGUUUCUUCUUUGGUUAGCUAGUAAGUGAUAUAAGAGACUUCUGUUUACAUUUUUAUGGCCCAAAUAUGCAAUUUUCCUUACUGGUGAAAAAU